AUGCUGGUCAAUCUGUCUUUCCUUAUUCCCUUGCUUCCUCUUGCCUCCAGCUUCGUCCACCCUGGACUUCUCGUCUCGGAGAGCGACAUCACUCGCGCACAGCAAAAGAUCAAAGCGAACGCAAACCCAUGGACCGCCUCCUGGAAUGUGUUGACCAGUCUCCGUUUCUCGGACGCCAGCUACACCCCUUCACCCGUCAGCGUCGUCUACCGGAGUGACUGGUACGGCAGCACCGAAAACGCGGAGCACCUGUGGCACGAUGUAGCAGCCGCAUUCAAUCUCGCCCUGCGCUGGAAGAUCUCCGGCAACACUAGCUGCGCCGAUGCAGCUAGCAACAUCCUCCAUGCCUGGGCGACCACGCUAACCGCCCUCGGCGGCGGCGAUGACAAGUACCUGACAGCUGGUCUGCAGGGGUACCAGCUUGCCAACGCCGCCGAGCUCCUCCGGGACUACGAGCCUUUUGCAAAAAAUGUCCUUCCCUCCGUGAUUAAGAUGGCCAAUAAUAUCUUCAUUCCCAUGCACUACAAGUGGCUGCGGCACGAGGAGCCAUCGGAGCAUAAUAUCCUGCACUUCUUUGCAAACUGGGAGCUGUGCAAUAUCGCCUCGGCGAUGGCCUUUGGCGUUUUGACGGAUAACCAGACGGUAUGGGACUUUGCGGUGGACUAUUUCAAGCACGGGGAUGGCAACGGCGCCAUCAACAAGGCUAUCAGCAAUAUCGUCAAAGAACCUGAGACAGGGAAGCCUCUAGGCCAGGGCCAGGAGGCCGGUCGCGACCAGGGCCAUGCAGCGUUGAAUUUUCAGUUACUUGCGGUGGUUGGUCAGCAGGCCUGGAACCAGGGAGAGGAUCUGUUUGCGUUCAAUGAUAGUCGCAUUCUGAGAGGAGCUGAGUACUGGGCGCGGUAUAAUCUGGGCCACGACGUCCCCUUCGUCCCGUACACCAACGGCCUCGUCAGCUACACGGAAAUCAGCAGUGUCUCUCGCGGCGCAAUGCGACCUACCUGGGAGCUGCUGCAUAGCCACUACGUGAUGAUCAAAGGAAUGGAUGCACCCUGGACGACCUCGUUCCUUAACCAGUCUCUGACCUUUUUUCGCGGCGCAGAGGGCGGCGCAGGGUCCUGGGGCGAGGGGUCGGGUCAUUAUGAUGGACUCGGCUGGGGAUCGUUGCUGCAUCGCCUGGAUGAGUCGGAUGUUGCGGCUGCAAGUUCUGGGGCGAGCACACCGGCUGCCCCUCCGUCGUCUGGUAAAGCGACCAUGGCGCUAUACCAGAGUCCGCCUGCUUCUAGUCCUACCGCGGUAUCCUCUGGCGCAAAGUCAACCUCGGCAUCAGCUGAGCCUACGAGUAUUGCUGGCAGCAGUACUCCUUCUGUGCCUCAGUCCUCUUCUCCCGGAACGAGUACUCCUGCGGCUUCUGGACACCAUCGCCACCACCAUGGACACAAGCAUAAGGGAUGUCAUGCGCAUUACAAGUAG